AAAAAUAAUAUAUUUAAAGAUUAUAUAAAUAAUUUACCAAAUAUAAAAAUAGAAAAAGAAAAGUUUUUUAAGGAUUUAGAACAAGAGGAAAAAUAUUCAUUUUUAAACACACCAAAAUCGAUUGAGUAUAAGACUGCAAUAGAUGGUAUUAAAUUUCCCUUUCAAAUUUAUCAAGAAAAAGAAAGCGGUGUAUAUAUAGACGAUAAAGAAGUGGAAUUUAUUUCAGGAGAUGGGUUAAGAGCAUCUAUUCAUUCAAAAUCAGGGAGUGUUUAUGAAGGACAGGUAACUGAUAAGGGUAUUCCACAUGGAUUCGGUGAAUUAGAGUUAAGAAAUGGUGAUAUAUAUAUUGGUGAAUUUGUAAAUGGAAAAAAAGAAGGCUCUGGUCGUUUAUUUUCUACCACUGGUGGUUGUUCCUACGAAGGAAAGUGGAAAGAAGAUAUGCAUUGGGGUGAAGGUACUUUUAUAAACCCACAAGCUGGGCUAUCAUUUAAAGGCAGUUGGGUUGCAAACGAAAGACAUGGAUUAGGUUCAAUAAGUAAUUCAGAAACCGAAAUUAAAGGCAUUUGGGAACAUGAUCAUCUAGUAUUUGGUCACGAAAUUAAAAUGAUGGCUGGUCUAGAGUAUUACGGCGAAUGGGCAAAUGAAAAAUGGAACGGUAAUGGCAAAUUAAAAUUCCCAGAUGGUUCAGUUUAUUAUGGUGGUUUUAAAGAUGGUGAUAUAUCAGGUAAAGGUAAAUUUUUAAAAGUUACCAAAAAAUAUAACAGCGAACUCGAUGAAGAGGUUUUUGUAGAAGAACAAAUAAUAGAAAAUGAUAACUGGGAAGGUGGUGUCAUUUGUGGUCACGGCAAAGUGUAUACAGAAAGUUGGUGCUGUGAAGGCGAUUGGUCAAGAGGUUCUAUAAAAAAUGCAACCAUUACAAAUAAAAUCGAUAACGAUAGCAAUAAACUCAACAUUUAUAAAGGUGAAAUCGACUCACGAACAUUUGUGCCACAUGGCCAAGGCGAAGAGUUUUUAGAGAAUGGUGAACACUAUAUUGGUCAUUUCGUCGAAGGCAAAAGAGAUGGUGAGGGUCAAGUAACUUAUGCAGAUGGCUCAUCAUUCAAAGGAAACUGGUUAAGAGGUUUACGUAUUGGUAAAGGUUCAAUAAAAAAUGAUCAAUUAGAAAUUGAAGCCGAUUUUAAAGAAAUUAUAAAAGACACUGAUAAUGCCAACGAAGAUAAUAGUGUUUUAUUUGGUAAAGGUAUAAUCAAAAAUAAAUUAAAUAACUCAAUUUAUAAUGGCGAAUUUGAAAAUGGUUUACCUGAAGGUUUUGGUGAAUUAAAAAUAAUUAAUGACAAUAAUAAUAUCGAAAUUAUCAAAAAAGGAUUAUGGAGCAAAGGUUUACUAAUUAAAGAAGAC